GACGUGCUGGGUGUGAGCGGCCGUGGCGGGGUUCGGAACCCCCGCCUGGGGGGGCCGCCGGGGGGCGAGCUACACCGAGCGGGCCCGGCGUGGGUGGCUCUGCAGGGGACGCCGGCUCCGCGGGCCUCGGCGCCUCCAGGGGCUUCCUCUGUUCUGCUGUAACGUCCGUCUCUUCUUCCUCGCCCAUUUUCCGAGCAGUUCCGCCCGCGGGAGUCUCUAGAGCCUGCUCGUCGUGUGUGAGAGCGGCCGACGUGAAGGACGCGUGUUCGCAGUGCGACCGGUUUGUGUGCCAGAGCUGCAGCAGGCUCUGCAGCUGCUGCAGCGCCCUGACCUGCUCUUGCUGCGCCACUGUCGACUAUGGUGAUCUGGGAGAGCAAGUUCUCUGCAAUGGUUGUUCGAUAUUUCAAGUCUGAAACUUGAUGAAAUAGCCUUUAUGGCUAAGAUGUCCAUAAAUUUCAUGAAGUUUCUUCCUUACAGCUGGUCAAUCCUUUUAGCAUGUGAAUUAAUUAUGGAAUUUCUAUGUUUUAUAUCUUUAUAUUGUACUUUUUAAUAUUGUAGCUAAAUAAACUUUUCUAUUUUGAG